AUGGACCAAGACUAUAAACCACCUGUUGAACUUAAUAGUAAAAAUUGGAAACAAAAAACUAAAGCAUUCAAAGUAUACGAAGAACCUUUAUUAGAUAUUAAAAAUAAAGACUUAUGUUCUGAAUGCAAAUAUCCCUACGAUGAAAAAGAUUUGAUUGAUAACAUUUGCAAUGAGUGCUACAAAGAAAGCACACUUCCAUGUGCUAUCUGUCAAAAUGAAACACUUAGAAUUAAUCUCAAAAGAAAUAUUUGCGAAAAAUGCUUUGAACCAGAAAUAAUGAUCGAUACAAUGAUCAAUAUUACACCAAAAUGUAAGCACUGCAAAAACGAAACAUCUGCGAAUUUAUUACAAAAUGGAAAAUGUAAUAUGUGCAGAAAAAUUCAAGAAAAAGAUGAAAUCCAAGAAAUUUCGCAAGAAGAGUUUAAACCAAAAGAAGCGAAACAAAAAGAAGAAGAAUUUAACUUUGAUAAAAUUGAAAGAACUGAAAUUGAACAAAUCAAAGAAAAUAUCAUUAAUUUACAAAAACUAGCGAAUGAACAAGCUGAACAUAUUCAAAUUCUGAAACAAGCAAUUGAAAUCCACCAAUUAAUGUUUAACGAACUUCACCAAGAAAAUACUAAUCUCAAACGAAAGUUUGAAGAAUUUGAAGAAAAAGAUUAUCUUUCGAAACUUUGA